CAAACAGACGGCAGUGGAAGCAGACAGGUGGGCAGGCAGAGAGAAGCUCUGUAAAUAGAGAGAGAUACAGGGUGGGCUGGCUGUUUGUGUUCUUCAAAACACAACGUUGGAAGUUGGAAUGACUGGACGGACACCUUUCCUACUGAUUCAUCGAUGAACGGACCAAUUUGAGGCAAUUUCCAGAGUUGAAAUCCUGCUCUGGCCCCAAAUAUGAUGGCUUUUUGUUGUGGUCAGCCCAGUGUCUGCUGAAGGAGUUGCGCUCUCCGAGCUGCAUGUAUUUUGGUUCCUGUCUUGCUUUCACUAUUUUGUGAAAGGGGACGUAAAAAGGAAGGAAGGGGCGAGCGAGAGAGAAAACGACACAGAGGAGGAGGAGAGAGACGUAUACGGGCAGCGCGUCUUGGCAAGUGGCAGUUGUUUUCAGGCGCAGCUGAGAAGAAAGAAGUAGAGCGACAUCAUGGUUCGCUGUCGACUCGUCCCGCUCUGUUCCUCUAUCAUGUGAUUUGUGAUGUGUGGCGCUCUGAUCUGCUGUUUGUCAUUAGAUAAUGUGUCAUAAGUUAUGCUUUUCUUCAGCCGUUGAGUCAGAAAACGAAAAAAACUUAGCUGCUUAUGCUUCUCUGGGAACUCAAGCGUUAAAGAAUAAAGUCAUCAAGUCAAGUCUGAACUUGUUCUGAAAAACACAAACACAAUUGGGGCUUCACCUCGUUCAAAUGUGUUCUAUAACAUUCUACGACGGUAGAACAGAGAAAAGGGCCAAAUGGAACUAAGGCAAUGGGAGGAUGCUUCUAUUGUUGUGUGAAUUAGAGCCUCUGAGUCGAAUCACACUGCAACACAGGUGGUUCCACAGAGACAUCACAGGGCUGCAGGCCGAGGACAUGCUGAAGACUCGGGGCACUCACGGCAGCUUCCUGGCUCGACCCAGCAAGAAGAACGUCGGAGAUUUCUCCCUGUCCGUCAGGGUGGGCGAGCUGGUGACCCACAUCCGCAUCCAGAACACCGGCGACUACUACGACCUGUACGGCGGCGAGAAGUUCGCCACCCUGUCUGAGCUGGUGGAGUACUACACGGCGGAGAACGGCAUCCUCCAGGACAAGGACGGCACCGUCAUCGAGCUCAGAUACCCCUUCAACUGCUCCGACCCCACCACAGAGAGGUGGUACCACGGUCACCUCUCUGGGCCGAACGCGGAGAAGCUCCUCACCGUGCGCGAUGAGCCGGGGACCUUCCUGGUCAGAGAGUCGCUGUCCAAACCUGGAGACUUCGUCCUGUCGGUGCUGACGGACGAGAAGAGGGAAACAGGAGCCAAGAGGGUCUCCCACAUCAAGAUCAUGUGUCAGAGCGACAGGUAUACAGUAGGAGGCUCAGAGAUGUUUGACACGCUCACAGACCUGGUGGAGCACUACAAACGCAAAGGCAUCGAGGAGAUCUCCGGGAACUGGGUCUAUCUCAAACAGCCGUACUACUCCACCAGAGUGAACCUGGCCGACAUCGACAGCAGGGUGAAACAGCUGGACCAGACGCUGCAGCAGGAGCAGGACUGCGAGGGACAGAAGUGCAAGGCGGGCUUCUGGGAGGAGUUUGAUGCUCUGCAAAAGAUGGAGGCGAAGGUGAAAAAGAGCAGAGAGGAGGGACAGAGACCCGAGAAUAAGAGCAAGAACCGCUACAAGAACAUCCUUCCCUUCAACGAAACCAGGGUCAUCCUGAAGAACGCUGAUCCCAGUGUUGUGGGUUCGGACUACAUCAACGCCAACUAUGUCAAAAACAAUUUGUACGAGUCCAUAGAUCAGAAAGUUUACAUCGCCACUCAGGGAUGCUUGGCGACAACGGUCAACGACUUCUGGCAAAUGGUGUGGCAGGAAAACACACAUGUGAUCGUCAUGACAACGAGGGAGGUUGAGAAAGGACGGAACAAAUGCGUGCCGUACUGGCCACAGCUUCACAGCACCAAGGAGGCGGGGCGCUACGUGGUGACCUGUACCUCAGAGAAAGAGAUGCCCGAUUGUAUAGUCCGUUGUUUGGAGAUCUGUCCUGUGGACAAGCCGAAAUCUUUUCGCAAAGUCUGGCACUACCAGUACCUGAGCUGGCCCGACCACGGCGUCCCCCAGGAGCCCAGCGGGGUCCUGGGCUUCCUCGAGCAGGUGAACAGUAAACAGAAGGAGUUCCCUAACUCUGGGCCCAUGAUCAUUCACUGCAGUGCCGGGAUCGGUCGCACAGGCACCAUUGUGGUGAUCGAUAUGAUCCUUGAGUCCAUUGACAGUAUAGGUAUUGACUGUGAUAUUGACAUCCCAAAAUACAUCCAGAUGGUGCGAGAGCAGCGCUCUGGGAUGGUGCAGACGGAGGCCCAGUACAAGUUCAUCUACCUGGCUGUGUCUGAGUGCAUCCAGAGCACCAAGGCCAAACAGAACGCUAGCAUGGAGGCCGAGACGGAGUACGGGAACCUGCAGCUCAGGCACCAGCCGGCGAGCCGGAAGGUUUCAAAAAACAAGGAUGACGUGUACGAGAAUCUGUCGAAAGGGAAGAAAGACACAAAGAAGUCGAAGUCGGACAAGAAAAGCGGCUCAGUGAGGAAAAAAUAGAAGUAUCUCAGCGUGUCAUGUUAUUAAUCUGAUGCAGGUUUUUGUUUGUUACCUAAUUUGUCUCCUGAAUGAUGCAGUUGUUUGAAAUAAAGGUUGAAAACCUGUGA